UUUGGUUAAACGAACUUUGGAAAGAUGAAUAGGAAAAAUAUGCAUAUGGUGAUCAUUGAGCUAUACAAAGCAUGUAUCUUUUGUAACUUAUUAUAUUGAGAUUUAAGAAUUGGAGUUACGUGAUUAGCUGUCAGAUAUUAAAUCAACAUUUUGCCAAAGACUGGAAAAUUUAUCAGCUAUUGUUUGUUUAUCAUUAGUCGGAUAUCUUAAUCAACACCAUUGUCUUAGUUGUAUGACGGAGUGACUACUUUUAGUGAUUUAGAGUAAGCAAAGUAUACUAAUACUCUUCCCCUUUUGACAGUUAUAAAUCUAUACGGAUUUAUCGAGACCAAGUGCUUCCCAACAAAGGGAGCAUCAUCUACAAUCCUACAACCAUAACUGCUAACUUUCCUUCAAAGUGUGUGCCUUUAGUGUCUGUAUCUGUACCUAUUUGACCCGUUCCCUUUUUAGCUAUUUUUAUAUAUUCUGUUUGAGAUAACCAAAUUCCAACUUGACCCAUUCAUAAUCAAAUGGUUCGAAAUUUCCUCCUUCAUUCUUGAUUUCUAACUGUCAAUAUUCUGACUUUUGCAAUUGAGCAGGUUCACUUAGAUUGUGUUUAUAACCACCUCCGCCAAUUAGCAUUAACUCAACAGCCCGUGAAAGAAUCAUCAUAGUAGAUUAUAUUUGUUACGAACCUUAUUUGGCAACUAUCAACAUAUAUUUAUUCCGUGUUUUUGUUUUGCAGCUCAACUAAUUUUGUUUAAUACAAAAUGAUGAAUACUUCAGACGAAUGGAAAUCCUUGUGGCCUAUCUCAUUGGUCCACUCUGCGCCAUUGCUCAUCGACCCUACCACUACCAAAACCGCUAAAACCAUUAAAGAAAUUGGACCGGUCAUCUUCGACUCAUCGUCCGAACCACAAACCCACGUACAUCUCUUCUCAUCACCCUCCUUACAUCCUCAGUUACCUCCUCCUUUUCCCACCAUCUCCCUCCCUAGAUUCCUCGCUACAUCAUCUGGUAUUCUUCCUUCCACCGCUGCUUCUAUUGCCGCCUUAGAACUCCCAUCAUCAUCAUCAUCAUCUUUGCCUGACUGCGAGCGACUUAUUGCACACAAUUGUCUUCAUUUAUUUCGAUGCCCUGGUACUAAUUUGUCUCUGGCAUUCUUUCCAACUGGUUCCAACUCAGACCAAGUUGGGUUUGUUGUUUUGUCUGUUGAAAACUCCCAAUUGAAAAUGAGAGGAGCUUAUGCUGAAACUGAAGUGUUUACAUCUCCUAAUGCAUUGAGUCAUCGGAUUGUCAAUAUCUCCAUGAACCCGCUUGCUGAUUGCGAAUAUGAUUCGGGCAAUUCUGCUAUUGGGUACUUGUUGGCUUACACUUCUUGUUCUGUUAACUACUACCGUAUUAAAAUCACAACGGACGGUUCUGGUAAGAUCACACCAUUGUUGGAAUUAGCUGGUAAUAAGUUGUUCAAAAGUUCUGCAAUAGUUCAUGCUUGUUGGAGCCCGCAUCUGCCCGAAGAGAGUUCUGUUUUGCUAGAGAAUGGUGAUUUGUUUAUACUUGAUUUGGAUUCUCAUCAUAGACCAUCAAUUACAUCUCUGCAGUUGAGUGGGAAGAAAUUAAAAGUUUUAUGGGGUGAGUCUAUUGUUUCUGAGAUAUCUGGUGGUUGGUUGAGCUGUGAUUUCAGUUGGCAUCCGAGAAUUUUAAUUGUUGUUCACUCAAGUGCCGUUUUUCUUGUUGAUUCAAGGUCCAAAGAGACAACCGUCACCCCUUUGUUAAAAAUUGAUGUCAAGAAUGGAUCAAGUGAUAGGUUUGUUGCAUUCUCCAUUGCUGGUCCUGAUAGAUUCUAUUAUACUCUGGUUUCCAGUGACACCGUUUACCUUUGUGAUAUAAGAAAACCAAUGAUUCCACUUAUACGUUGGACCCAUAACCUUGCUAACCCAAGUUAUGUUAUUGUUUCUAGUAUGUCCGAUUUAAGAUCACAAUCCAAAGAUGCUACAUAUAAUUGGGCUUCUGAAGCUGGUUAUGGUAUUCUAUUGGGGUCUUUUUGGAACUGUCAAUUUAGUCUUCUUUGCUAUGGCCCAGAUGUUAGAAACAUAAAGUCCAUUUCUCCAUCUUAUCAUGCGUGGGGACUUCCCUCUGACCUCUCACUAACUACGAAUGAAUGCCGUUGUGGUUCUUGUCUUGUGAAAGAAGAAUUCUCCAAGGACCAGCUUCAUAAUUGGGUUAAUUGGCAAGAAAAGAAAAUAAUUGUCUUGGGUUUUGGCAUUCUUGAUAAGGAACUUUCUUCUCAACUAUUUAAAUCUGAUAUGUUCGGUGGGUUUACACUCAUAACAUUAACGUCUGCAGGGAAUAUGGAAUUACAUAGAUAUUGUGCCUCCUGGGGUUAUUCACAAACUUCAGAAAAAGGCCAUGUUGAGCAUCCUUUGGGUAUGAAUGAUUCUGUUUUGUACGAAAGAGAUAAAGAGAAAUAUAAAUUUCGCAAGGUUUAUCUAUACCAUAAACUUGAAUGGCUUGAUGGUUAUUUAGAAGCUGAUCUAGCCCGAAUCCUGAGUAUGGAAUUAGUCAAAAUCCAUGAAAAUAAAACACUGGAAAAAGCUUGUUUGGGGGAGGAUUUCCAUAAGAUCAUAUGCCAAAAGUUGAACACUUAUAGCUCUGGUGGAGUUCAAGGGUCUAUAAAUACUCAUGAUGUGCUCAAAGACGUUGACUUGCCAACCAGUAUUCAUGAGAUUGCUCUAAGAAGUGUGUUGGCAAAUCUGCCUAAGCAAGUUUUAAGAUUUGGCUUUUCAAACUAUUCAAGUCUCCCAGACAUUUCCAGGAAAAAGGAUAAUCAUUUACCCUUUGAGUUCUUGGAGGUUCCAUGUCACCAAUCUCACUUGCCUCCUUUUUCCUUUCGGGAUCCUUCAUCUCGUGGUACUAAGUGGUCAGGUAAGCAAAAGCCUAGUAGCUCUUUAGUGGGCCCUGUAACCCCCAUCCCGUUUUUAAUGACGUUUCAUAAGACUCGUAUGUUAAAAGCAGACAACCAAUCUGCUGACUCAGAAAUUGAUCACAAGUGUUAUGAAGUGGUAAGGGUAGCUAAUGGCAUUACAGAAACAGAAUCUCAUAGUUGUGAUGACUUUAAGGUUUCUCUUGCUGAUGAUAAUGAAGACAUGUUUCACAGUUCUGCACAACAGUUUGCUGCAUACAAGCCUACAUCAAUGGUGGAUUCUGUUUUUUCCGAUGGGAAACAUGCCAAUAUGAUGUUUAAAGUUGGUAAAAAGAAUGAGAAAGACAUGUUUGACUUGGAUUGCCCGUUGAAGUUUAUGUUUGAUGAUCAAGCCUCGGGUUUUGAAUCUGACGAGGCGAAAGCAUACGAAUUACUCAACAAACAGUUUUCCAGCUUCAGUAAAGGCCUUCAUAGCUACCAAGACUACAUUACCAAGUCUAACAUCCCCAAGUAAAUUUUUGAUCAAAAAUUUUGAAUCAAAUUAGGCAGACUUUCUUACUUUUUUUGGUAAUUACAUGCUUUUCAUGUUUUAAUGCUUACUAGUAGCAGGUCAUGAAUAGGCGACCAUCAUAUAAUCUUUUUUGACAGACUUAUCAACCUUUUUCAUGCAUCUUGUAAAUACAGAUUUUUCGAUGAGCCAUGAUGUUUUCUCUGAGUA